GUUCCAAUAAAACUUCAACUUUUCAUUUUUGGUAAAAAAAAUUUUGGUUCAUAUUAUUUUUUACACAUUUCUCUCUUUCUACACAAUUCUAUUCCGUCCUUCGAAAUUAUCGGGAGAUGAACGCGCCUCCAACGCCGAGGACGGUAAGCUUGGAAGUACCAUCGAUGUCGGCGACCGGGGCUCCGAAGACGGUGUUGAUAACCGGGGUGAGCAGGGGGCUGGGGAAAGCACUGGCCUUAGAGAUGGCGAAAAGAGGGCAUACCAUCGUCGGCUGCUCCCGUUCCCAGGAUCAGCUCAAUUCUCUUCAAGCCGAGCUCGCAUCCGCCUCCGGUUCACCCCCCUCCUCCCCUUCCCAAAGUAAACACCUAAUCAUGAACGUUGAUGUGAGAUCAAACAGCAGUGUUGAAGAACUGGCAUGUGCCGUUAAGGAAAAGAACAGCAUUCCAGAUAUUCUAGUUAACAAUGCAGGAACCAUCAACAGAAACAACAAGCUGUGGGAGGUCCCAGCAGAAGAAUUUGAUAACGUGAUUGAUACAAAUGUAAAAGGAGUAGCAAAUAUGCUGCGUCACUUCAUACCACUUAUGCUUGACAAGAAGCAGCAAGGAGGAGUUAUUGUUAAUUUGUCUUCUGGAUGGGGAAGAACAUCUGCUGGACAGGUGGCACCGUAUUGUGCAUCAAAGUGGGCUAUAGAGGGUCUGACAAAAUCCGUAGCAAAGGAGUUGACACCUGGAGUUGCUAUCGUCGCUCUUAGCCCUGGUGUUGUUAACACUGAUAUGCUUCAAUCCUGCUUUGGCACUUCCGCCUCACUCUACCAGACACCUGAAGCUUGGGCUCCAAAAGCAGCUACAAUGAUACUUAGUAUGACAGUGGCUGACAAUGGGCUGUCUCUUACGGUGUAAAGAAUACACUGAAGCCAUAACAUUAUUUUGCAUUGAUACCGUUUUAGCUGACUUUCCAAGUCAUCUCACAGUUAAGGUUUUCUCAACUACCUAAGUUGUGUUGUAUAAGACGAUGAUGAGGGGACAACAUGAAUAUAUUGUUGUACGUAUAAUAAUGUGUAAGCCAAUUGUUGUCAGUUGAAGAGACGAUAUUACGCUUCAGGAAGAGGAAAUACUUGUAUGAAUUUAAAGCAUAAUAGUAUGAUACUUGUAUGAAUUUAAAGCCAAUUGUUGUCAGUUGAAG